AUGAACGGCGUGGCAAUGGCAGCAUCGCCUGCUCCUGGACAACCGAGCGCAGCAGGUGCGGUCGGAGCAGCGAGCGCGAGGGGGACGCCGGGUCCAGCGACGACGGCGAAAGAGGCGAGCGAGCGGGUCGCGCUGGCGGACAAGAACGUGGCCAUCCUUUCGCUGCCUUCGCGUGACCUGCCAGCCUACUACGACCCGCCUUCGUCUCCAUCGGCCACUUCCGACCCGGACCUUGACGACUUUGACUUGACCCACUCGCACGCUCUCCCUCCCUCCGCCUCGUACCUCGUCCCGACCACCAACCGCGGGAACAAGCUCUCCCGCCUCGCACCUCACACACGACGAGGCCGACUCGGGAACUACGCCAACGUCGACGCAGGUUUCACCGACCCUCUCAGCUCGUCAUCUCUCGUCCCUCCAGCGCAGAAACGUCGAAAACUGAACGACCUCGCGCCGUCCUCCUCGACUUCGGGCUUUCCCGUCGCGCCAAACUUGCAUUUGAUCCCGCGACCAGUCCAUUCCCUCUCCCGCGAGUCGGACGAACCCUACCCUUCGUACCUCCCUCCCGUCCCGCAAAGCCCGCUCGACCUCCUCCUCGCACCCGCAAUACAACACACCCUCGGCAAGCGAAACAACACCUUCCACCUCCUCGGCUCGAGCGCGACUGCUCUGAUCGAGCAGGAGGCUGAGCUUGUGAAUGCGCUGACCAAGGUUUGUCGUGGGUUGAGGGGCGAGGGGUUCGAGUGGCGCUGGGAGGGGGACGAGGAGCGCAAGAGGGUCAGGGACGAAGAGAGGAAGAAGGAGGACGAGGAGAGGGAACGGUUGAAGGAGAAGGAGCAGGCUGUGCUGCAGCAGAGGGAAGAGGAGGCCGCCAAGAGGGAGCAGGAACGCGCGGAGAAGCAGGCGCAGGAGGCGGAGGCGGCUGCCGCUGCCGCUGCCGAAGCUGAAGCUGAAGCAGCUGCUGUAGCCGAGGCGGAGAAGGCGGCUGCCGAGGCGCAGAAGGCGGACGAGCAGCCGGCUCAGAAUGGCGACGCCCAGAUGGAUGUUGACGGCGCUGCCUCAACGCAGCCGUCGCCUGUUCCGGCGGCCGUGAUCGAGCAGGUCAAGCUCGAGCAGGCGACGCCGGUCCUGCCGUCUGCUGCGACGCCCGUCGAGGCGCCCGCCAAUCCGGUCGCCAUUCCCGGCAUCUCCUCUUCCGCGACUCCCGCCGCCGAAUCAGCGCAGACUGGCGACGCGACGAUGCAGGAUCCGACGCCUGCUGCAGGUGCCGAGCAGCCAGGAGAGGCGACACCAGCCGCCGCGCCGGCAAUGGCAGGGGGCAACCCUGCGAUCGCGGUCACAGGACCUGAUUCGACCGCCGGACCGUCUGCGACCGCCACGCCUACGCCUGCGCUUGACGGCGAGUCGACCGCUCUGACGCCGCAGACGGGCGAGGCAGCAGCUCAGCCUGUUGAGCCCGGAACCGACACGCCCGCUCCUGUCGACCCCGCCAUCGCCGCACUCCCCACCGCCGACGAUCCCGCCGCGUCCGAAGAGCCCGGCACGAACGAAGCGACUCCCGCUCCCUCGACCUCUGCCGAGGAACCCGCCGUUCGUCGGCGGUCUGGACGAGUCGCGACUCGCGGAACUGGUGCAGGCUUCGCGGGUGCGAGGCAUACGAGGUCGAGGCAGAGCAGUCCUGAGGACGAUGGGGACUACGACUCGGAUACGUUGAUGGCUAUGGGCGUGCCGGGGGUUGAGGGCGAAGGGUUCGUCGCGGGCGCAGCGGGAGAGGGAGAAGAGUCGGUUGAAGGAGACGGCCGACCAAAGGCUCACCACCUCGUGCCGGAGGAAGAGUUGCCCGAGUACGCGACGCGCCUCAUCGACCCCGAGGUGUUUGUGCGCGACCUGUUCGUCAGCGAGGGCAAGGUCGAGCUGGAGAGGCUGGUGCCCGGACCUGCGGGACAGGUCGUCGGGACUGGGCAGUUCGAUACCCUUACGCCGAACGAGCAGGAGGUCCUCCUGCACGACUGCCUCACGGACCUACACCGCUUCCUCGCCGACACGCUCGAAUACCGCGCCCGCCUCUCCGAGAUACGCGACGGCGUCCUCGGCGUCGAGCGCCGACGAAAGGGCAUGUGGCGCGUCGUCCGGACUGUUGCGAUGGACUGGCUCGAGGAGGAAGAGUCGGGGAUGGGCGUCGGGCAGGGCGGCGAGGCGUACGAGUGA